AGCAUUCUCAAUAUGUGACACUGUGAGUUACUACGGAGUGUCGUGACAUGUAGCUCAUGUGACUCGGUGUCGCCUGCAAGAAGAUGCUGUGGACCAUAUUUCCUGCACUUGUAGUUGUUAUUGCAGUUAGUUUUCAAAGCUGCGAUGGAAAAACAGCGGAGGAAUGGAAAGGAAGAAUCAUAUAUCAGGUACCCGGUGUUGAGCUUCUAACGGAUCGCUUUGCGCCCUCGGGAGAAGUGCCGUCCCAAAAGUGCGUUGGUCUGAGUAACUACUGCGGAGGGACGUUUAAAGGUAUUGAAAAGCACCUGGACUACAUUACCGGCCUGGGUGCUAAUGCUAUCUGGAUCUCCCCUAUAGUGCUUAAUACGGACAACGGUUACCAUGGUUACUGGGCUCAGAACAUAUUUGAAAUCAACCCUCAUUUUGGAACCAAGGAGGAUCUGAAAUCUUUGGUGGCAGCUUGUCAUGACCGUGACGUGUGGGUGAUGGUAGACAUUGUUGCCAAUCACAUGGGUUAUCCGCCCAACACAGACCCUUUGCCAGACGUCUCCAUGAGCUUCAAUAGUUUUGUUCCUUUUAACGAUUCAAAGUAUUUUCAUCCCGUUCAUCCAUACAUAAAAUGGCCUGAAGAAUGCAAGGAUCAAUGGAAAAUAGAAAUUUACUGGCUGGCAAACUUGCCUGAUCUUAAUCAAAGUCAUCCGUUUGUACACCAAACGUUGCUGAAAUGGAUCCAAGAUUUGACGACUGAGUUCGAAUUUGACGGCUAUCGGCUUGAUACAACCAUACAGGUCCCUAAAUUAUUCUGGGCGGAGUUUCGUAAGGCUGGAGGGGUGUUUAUGAUGGGCGAGGCUAACAACGGCCCCCCUCCAUGCGGAUCGAUGGAGUAUGUGGGACAAUACCAAGAGUAUAUUGACUCAGUGUUGGCUUACCCUAUGUAUUGGACAAUGCGAUGGAUCUUCCAGGAAAAGUCGAAAGAUUUUACUUCACUAAGUAAAGCCGUCAAUAACUCUUACGAUAUUUACAAGGACAGAUCUGUCUUCGGAGGCUUUGUGGAUAACCACGACAACCCAAGAUUCCUGAGUAUGAACCCGAGUCAGACCGCACUCAAGAAUGAGCUCGCAUUAGUGAUAAUGGGAGACUGGAUUCCAAUAGUGUACUACGGAACCGAGCAAGGAUUCAACGGUGGCAACGACCCAAACAACCGUGAGUCUCUUUGGCCUUUUAUUUCCGCUGAGAAUCCGUUGUACAAGUUUAUUGAGACACUCAUUAAAUUCAGAAAAGCUCUUGGAAAGGAGUGGCUACGGGAAAAACAGGUGGAGAGACACGUCGAAUCUGAUGUAUACGCCUUUUCAAGAGGAAAGAUAUUGAUCAUCAUAACAACACAAAAUACAACUGUUAAGAUAAAAAUUACAAACUCCCCGUACGAACCGGGGAAUACCCUAAAAAAUGUGUUGAAUCCCACGGAAAAAUUUAAGGUCUCUUUGGAUGGCUCCCUGCCCGUUACAUUAAACUUGGGGCAGCCCCUUGUCCUUGAAAUGGAGGAGGAACAAAAUGAUAUCUAGAUAU